UACUGGGUGUUUGGGUCGGGUCGCCACGUCUACCUAGGACAGAUUAUUGCCAUCCUAGAGAUAAAAAAACUAGUCCCAGCAUUACUCACAAACUACGAGGUAAAAUUUGAAGGAAUCCAAGUCACUCAUCAGGUAUUAAAAUCCUCUCCCAGUUCCAUUUAA